CUCCUUUAUAAUAUACCGCACUUGUUCUUCUUCCUAGUGGUUUAGCUCCAAUCAAAUUAAGGACGCCCCAUUCCCAUUCUCAUUCGCAUUCUCAUUCCCAAUAUCACCCAAUCCUCAAUCUCCAAUCCCAACAACCAUCUGUUUCAGUUCUUCAUUCUUGAAAACAACUUCAUAGUAACAACACUAAACAGUACUCUAACUUUCACCUUUGCAGUAUCAUCAUAUAUAUUCCAUCAAUGGGUUCAUCCUCUCCACCUGAUACAAGCAAAACGGCAAAACUAGAACGUUACAACACAUACAUCCGCAAAUUAAACACCACUAAACUCAUCUCAGCUUCAUCUAAACUCCUUUUUCGUGUUACCCUUUUAAUAUCUCUCUUAUUAAUCUUCUUCUUCAUCGUUAAUAUUAAUUACCCUGCCUUAACAACAUCCUCAAACUCUAACAACCCACACAUUAACCACCGUAUCCUCUUCUCUUCCGCCUUUUACGGUGGUGGUGUCACGUGGGAAAAACAAGUACGACGAUCUUCAACUCCAAAACGGGUCAACGGACUAUCCGUUUUAGUUACCGGGUCAGCUGGAUUCGUUGGGUCCCACUGCUCAUUAGCAUUAAAAAAACGCGGUGAUGGAGUGUUAGGCAUUGACAAUUUUAAUUCUUAUUAUGACCCGUCCUUAAAACGCGCUCGCCAGAACAUGCUUGCCAAGCACGACAUAUUUAUCGUUGAAGGUGAUAUAAAUGACGUGUCAUUACUCGGCAAGCUAUUCGAUAUUGUUCCGUUCACACACGUGUUACAUUUAGCAGCACAGGCUGGAGUUCGUUACGCAAUGCAAAACCCUCUAUCUUACAUAAGUUCAAAUGUGAACGGAUUCGUUACUGUAUUAGAAGUGGCUAAAUCGGCAAACCCACAGCCAGCUAUUGUAUGGGCAUCAUCAAGUUCAGUUUAUGGGCUAAAUACGAAAGUGCCGUUUUCCGAAAAUGACCGUACUGAUAAACCAGCUAGUCUUUAUGCUGCUACCAAAAAAGCGGGUGAAGGAAUUGCUCAUAGUUAUAAUCAUAUUUACGGGUUGUCAUUAACCGGGUUACGGUUUUUUACUGUUUAUGGACCUUGGGGUAGACCAGACAUGGCUUAUUUCUUCUUCACUAAGGAUAUGAUACAAGGAAAGGCUAUUAAAGUUUAUGUUAGUCAAAAUGAUAAGGAUGUGGCGCGUGACUUUACGUAUAUUGAUGAUGUGGUCAAAGGUUGUGUAGGCGCGUUGGAUACGGCGGAAAAGAGCACCGGUAGUGGUGGAAAGAAGAGAGGUCCGGCGCAAUUAAGAGUGUACAAUUUGGGGAACACGUCACCAGUGUCGGUGAAGAAGUUAGUGGCUAUUUUGGAAAAUUUGUUAAAUGUGAAGGCUAAAAAGAAUGUGGUUAAAAUGCCAAGAAAUGGUGACGUUCCAUUCACACAUGCUAAUGUGAGCUUGGCGUAUAGAGACUUUGGAUAUAAGCCAACAACAGAUUUGUCAAGUGGAUUGAGGAAAUUUGUUAAGUGGUAUUUAAGUUAUUAUGGGAUUCAAUCAAGGAUAAAAUAGGAAUUAGCUAAUCCCAAUCAAGUCUUAUCAUCAUAAUCACAUGGAGGACACAAAAGGUCAAAAGAAAUAGUGGGUCCCAUUCCUUUUUUCCUCUUUUUUUUUUUUUUUUUUUAAUUUUGCCCCAUAUUUAUUUUACACUUGAUAUUAGUUUCUUUAAUGUAUUGGAAUCAUAUCAUGUUACUUUUGUUUUAGCAUAGGAUAUAGAAGUUUAUAAGGAAAUAUGCCAAGUAUAGACUAUAUGAAGUGGUGUUUGUAAUAAUGAGUCUUGUUUGGAAUUUUUAUUUAAAACAACAAACAGAAAACUGUUUGAGUUUUUCUUGCACCACAAAAGAUGGUGCAGACCAGCCUAAUUUUACUACCAAUAUGUUGAGAAAGCAAUGAUUCUUUCAAGAUUUC